UAACAGAAGAAAUGAAAUAUGAGGAGCCAGAAUGACAAUUUGAAUAGUUCGAUUAUCGGAAUCAUAACUGAAACUCCCCCAAUGUAUGAAGACCAAUCAAUUACUUUGUUCAAUGUACAUAAAGCUUUAUAUUCAGGCGAUCGAUCAGAUUGAUCACUUGAAAAACUUUGCUGAUCCUGACAAGACGCAGUUUGCUUUCGUGAAUUGUUCUCGAUUAGUACAUCAAGAACAUCAGCUGGUACUGCUAGCGGCAACGGUCGGUUGGAAGAGGUCUGAAAAAAAAAACACCAAAAGAUCAAAAUGGCUGCAAUAAGACCCAUAACAAUAAUAACAAUGAAUGCCAGUGGAAAACACCAGCCUGAUCUUCUCGAUGUAGCAACUAAGAGAAAAGAGGCCAUCAGAACUCUUCUGAACGGAGAAAGGCCUCAUCUUAUCCUCUUCCAAAAUUUCAUACCAGACCAGGACUUUCAGGAGGAAUUUCAAAACUAUAAAAAUAUAGGGGAGUCUCCAAAGAGUGCAAGCCAAUUUUAUGACACGCUGAGCUUAUUUUGUCCUUUAAGUUUAUAUUUUAAAAACGGACAAAAAAAAAUAAAAUCUAAAGGUAUGUUUGUCAACGGUGAAUUUGCAGAGAUAAUGUAUUCAGUUAGCGAAUACAUUACGGGAUGCCCUGUCAUAGCUAAACAUCGUUUUUGCAUAUCACAAAUGGCAAACCUUAGAAGAGAUCCUAAACUUCCACCAGCUUUUGUCUGUAUAUCAUGGCAUGGUCCCUAUACACAAGCUAAACUGAAUGAAAAAAAAGAAUUGCUGGAAGGAUUAUUGCAAAUCCUGGACAACUGGUUUAAAAAAUACAACAUUCCAGUAAUUAUGGGCGGUGAUUUCAAUCUGAGUUAUAAAAAAGCAAAAAAACUUAUGUAUUUCUCAAAUAAAGCACACAGCUUAGCUAUAUUAAAAUCAGGGAGAGACGAUAGUACAUUUUAUGUUAUGAACAUAUCCUUCAUUUUUAUGGCACAUGUUCAAACAAUUGAGAAAACAACGUUUAUUGUAAAUAUAAACGAACAUUGCAUCUUCAACCAUUCUCCAGCAAGGCUAAACAUUAUUGACAACACAAUUGAUAUAGGUUCAAUUGAUGGCAUAGAGGAAUGUUUUUCAAGAAUGUUUAGGCCUAAAAAAAGAAAUGGUUUGUUUCUGGUUACAUGCCCAAAAAAUAUUGGGUCGGUAGGUAGGUUUUUUUGUUUUUUUGUUUUUUUUUUUGUUUUUUUGUUUUUUUUCCCUGGCAGUCAACAUCUUCUUAUCUGCCAUGUAACUCAUCGAUAAGGUAUUUUAUCGGUUGUCCUUGUUCUACACACUUUAUUUCUUUGAAUCCCAAUGCACAAUGAGUGCAAGGGUAUACAUUUACUGCAAUCAGGCAUGUUAAUUUCGUCGCCAUUCCGGUCUGGCCAGUGCUAUCCGACAUCCAGUACAUAUAUAUAUGUAGUUUGGGCGGAGCUAUGAAUAUUAAAAAAAAAUUGUGAAAAAGCGAUGCCGUACUGUAUUGUGGUUAGGUUAUUCUCAACUAUAAAACUACGUAGCAAAUGUCUACUCAACUUUUGUCAUAGUUACUGUUCUUGGCCUGAUGUUAGAAAGUGUUAUUAAUCAUGUUCUUUAUUGAUUGAAAUUGUAAAUAAACUGAUCUCGAUCGGAAAAACACUUUUAUAAUGGGUGUUCCAUAUUUAGGUACUGUACCAAUUUAGAUACGGCCCCUUGUGCGUACAUAUAGGCCUUAUUAGAAUAUAACCAUAUAGACGUAUAGCUAAACGUAGAAAGUCCAUUUACGUUGUAUUUCGCAACCCGUAACAUCUUUAUUUAAAAAAAUGCAUUCUAGGUAAAAUAACAAAAUGUCACCGUGA